CGAGCGAUGACUUGCGUCGGGAACUGCCCACCUCGAUUCCGCUAGCGCUGUGCAGUGCAGACAGCACCCCCCCAAAGGAACGCGGCUCGUGCCAAUUGCAAGGCCCAACGUCUCCCGCCCGUUUCCUCAACGAGUUGGCAUGCACGCCUUUGCUGCUGGACACAUGCAUGGAAAUUGAGUGGGAGCUGCCCAAGCUCGAGCCUACCCCUCACGUCAUAGCUGUCGACCAAACAAAGCGGGGUGAUGUCCGUCAACAGACACUUCAGGAGAUACAGCGCACCUGCAGGCGCAUUUAAAGCCACCACCGCGCCCAGUAGGCCCCCGUCGAGCUGGAUCCCUCCCCGCCGUAAAUCAGGUCGAGCCUCAUUCGCGACCCACACCGUGAUCGGUGCCCUCAUCGUCCUGCUAGCGCUUUUCUUCCAAGUCUUCUCACCCCACUUCCCUGCCACCGUCUUGCGCUUCUUCACUAGAGACCAGCAUUGGCACGUCAGCUCCCCAGGCAUUACUCUCCGCAAUCCCGUACUCUUCCACGAGCUUCCCAUCUGCCCGAAGCCCGAGCAGACAGUCGAAUUCGCAGGCACCUUCAACACCCACCCCAAGCGCAGCAUGGCUCUUGCCGACCAGGCAAAGCGGGUUGCCGCCGAAUUCGAUUUCACUGACGAUGGCUUGAACAAAGCGGUGAAGGAGUUUAUCAGAGAGAUGGACGAGGGCCUGCAACAGGAGGGCACCGAGCUGAGCCAGAUCCCAACCUACGUCACCGCCGUACCCAAUGGCACUGAAAAGGGUCUGUACAUGGCCGUCGAUCUGGGCGGUACCAACUUCCGUGUCUGCUCCAUCCAGCUGCACGGCAACACCACCUUCUCUCUCACCCAGAGCAAAGUCGCCGUCCCCCACGAGCUUAUGACCGCAAAGACAUCGAAGGAGCUGUUCUCUUUUCUGGCGAAGCAGAUUGAGAAGUUCCUCCAGGCCCACCACGAGGAGCACUAUGCGGGUACACUGAAGCGCCGCCAGACCGGAGAACAGGCGCAGGAGGUUUUCAACCUGGGUUUCACAUUUUCCUUCCCUGUGAACCAGGUGGGCAUCAACAAGGGCCUGCUCAUGCGUUGGACCAAAGGCUUCGACAUCCAGGAUGCAGUCGGCAAGGACGUCUGCGCCCUGCUCCAGGCCGAGAUCGAUGAGCUGCACUUGCCGGUCAAGGUCGCUGCUUUGGUCAAUGACACUGUUGGCACACUCAUGGCACGUUCGUAUGCUUCGCCAGGCAAGACCGGCACAUUGCUCGGAGCUAUUUUCGGAACGGGUACCAACGGCGCCUACGUGGAGAAGCUGGACAAGGUCUCAAAGCUCACAAACUCUAAGAAUGUAGGAGAGUUUGACAAGUCCACCGGUGAGAUGAUUGUCAACACCGAGUGGGGCUCUUUCGACAACUCUCUGCGCACGUUGCCCAACACACCGUACGAUGUUGAGCUUGACGAGAAGUCGGUUAACCCCGGCAUUCAGAUGUUCGAGAAGCGCGUGUCCGGCAUGUUCUUGGGUGAACUGCUCCGUCUUGCGCUGGUCAAGCUGAUCAAGGACCCCAAGGUUCCCCUCUUCCAAGAUGACAACUCGUCCUCGAACGACAUCCACAGCACAACGCAAAUCGCCCAAGACAGCCAAAUCUUCAAGCAGUGGGGUAUUGACACAAGUUUCCUGUCUAUCUGUGCCGGAGACACCAGCGCAGGCCACCGUGUGAUCAGGCAAACACUUGACAAGGAUUACGGCAUCUCAGCCGCCAGCACAGAGGAUGCAGAAGCGGUCAGGGCGAUUGCCGGUGCUAUCGGUCGUCGUGCCGCUCGUCUCUCAGCUGUGGCCAUUGGUGCUGUCAUCAUCAACACAGGCCGCUUGGACAAGUCCAAGGGUACGGCUACAACGGCAGACAAGGCCGGUGCCCAGCCUCCCCGAGGGGACUUCAAGGUCAACGAGGACGAUGUUGUCGACGUUGGUGUUGAUGGCUCACUCGUUGAGUUCUACCCCGACUUCGAGGAGCACAUCAGGGAGGCGCUCCGCGCAGUUCCGGAGAUCGGCGAUCAUGGCGAGAAGCACAUUCGUAUUGGAAUCGCGAAGGACGGCUCGGGAGUCGGCGCCGCGCUUAUCGCGCUUGUUGCAGGCCAGAUCCCUGAGUCAGAUUAAACGCAUGGUGAACGUCAUGUUUGACAAGCGAGUAUAUACGCGAAAUGAGUUACGUACCAUUGUUCUUCUUACGUGCUUGGAGACAAAAAAAUAUCAGUACCUGUCACAAUAUUCCCUUUACUGCAGUGCAUUCUAACGCUGUACGAUUAAGAGUAGGAAAUUGAAGAAUCCCGCGCGAACAG